CGGAGCUGAGGGCGGGCGAUGCUUGGGGCUCCGCGGAGCUCCGCGGCCGCCGGGCAGCGCCAUGAACCUGGGCGAUGGACUGAAGCUCAAAACUGAAGUGCUGGAUGGAAAGCCUAGGCUAAUUUUAGCUUCUUCUGAUAAAUCAAAGCAUGCCAUGAAGAUGGGUAAUAAAGCCAGAGCACCUAAACAGUCAUUGAGAAUAAAGCACACUGGACUCAUCUUGAGGCCAACACAAAAUGCUUGUAUCAAGCAGGAAAAUUUAACAAAACCAAGGAGUGAAUCAAGCUUAUCAAUGACAAAAGGUGAAAAACUGCAAGUUAAUAAACACUCCUCACAUGAAGCCACAACUAAAAGUUACUCUUUGAUUUUCCAAAGAGAUAAGACAAACAGAUAUCCUGAUUCAGAGGAUCAUAGUGUUGUGAAAAAAACUAAGCACAAACCUCAAGCCCCACAUGUAUCAGCUGAAGACUUAAAAAGUCUGGUGUGUUUAACACAAGCACAGCUUCAACAGAUUUUGAUGAUUGUUAAAGAAGGAAGAAGCAUCUCUGAGACUCAUAAUGAAAAGCAAGAGGAAAUGGCUACUAAUGAGGAAUCAGAGGAAAAUGUUAUAGCAUCACUCCAAAAAGAUUGUGAAGUGUCCCCAGUUCCAGAUGAAGCAAACUCUGAUUCAGACAGGAAGCAAGAAGCACGUCCACAGCCAGGAGAGAAUGUUAUAAAGGAUUCAUGGAAACCUGCUGACUUGUUUAGUACCUUGGGUGAAAGAGAAGGGGAGAAAGCCUUAUUGGAACUUAAAAAGGCCCAAUGGAAGAAGGAAUUAGAUGAACAAGUAGCACUGAAGAAGAAGCUGAAAGAAACUUUGGAGGGAGAGGUGGGUUAUUUCUGGGCAAAACUUGGCAGUAAGAAAACCCCUGAAGUGGAAACACCUGACCCAGACCAGACAGUGCUUCCAGCUGACUCAGUUCAUGGCACUGAGGAGAGCUCUGCCUGUACAGCUGCUUUUGCCACAGAGGCUGAUGGAGCUGCUCUGAAUGUUCCAAGAGCUCCAGCUGGGCAGUCUUCUGAUUCCAGUCCUUCUGACUUUCCAGCUGGCAGUUGCACAGCAUUGCCUUUCAGGGAAGCUGUGCCACAGGAGCGACCUUUCAGUGCUCUGAAACAUGAGCAACAGAAGAAGUGGCUUGAAGAGUUGGACAAGCAGAAGGAAGAAGCUAAACUACGAAAAUUAGAAGAAAAACUUAAUUUAUCAAAGGUAGAAGAGCAUGACAGAUGGGAAAUGCAUUUUGAUUCUUUUAAGAACCACUUUAAUGCUAAUGCACAACACCCCUUAAAUGGAAUGCACAGAAAGCCUGAAAGUCUUUCCUUGUCACCUGACCCCAAGGACCCGACUGCUUUCAUUCACCCUUUGUCCCCUGCAGCUUUAGGCAACGUCAUGCCCUUACAGAUGGGAGCUGCAGAAAAAGCUGCUAAAAAUGGUGCUUUGGAACAAAGUCAGAGAGUCAGUUUCCUCCGUUCCAUGACGGCUCUGCUGGACCCUGCACAGAUUGAGGAGAGGGACAGGAGGCGGCAGAAGCAGUUGGAACAUCAGAAAGCAAUAAUGGCUCAGGUGGAAGAAAAACGGAAGCAGAAACAACUGGAGGAAGCGCAGAGAAAAUGGGAAGAGCAACAGGAGGAGCUGCGCCUGGCACGAGAAAAAGCACAGCUGCAGAAACAGUUUGAAGAAGAAAUGCUGAAACAAAAACAAAAGGAGGAACUUGCAACUCUAAAAGCCAAAGAGCUUUAUCAAACAAUGGAGAAAGCUCAGGAGUUAGCGCAGGGAUCAAAAAAAGACCAGCACAUUCCAGACUUGGCUCAGAAGGCACAUGACAUUUCAGAACUUCAGAACAGUCUUGGUGGUGGUGAUACAGAGUUUGACAACUGUAAUUCUGGCAUUUCAGCACAAAGUCCUGAUUUCCCUGGAGGUGUGGAGCCCCCUGAGCUGCAGGGCUCCCCUCGGAAGGACACGGCAGUGCAGACAGAUUGCUUUAAUACUUCAGCAUACACAGAGUCAGCUGAGGAAAGAACUGCACGUUGUGAAUCGCCUGAUAUUUCCAUAGAAUAUAAAGAAAUGUCUAACAGCAAAAAAUACCAGAAGGAAAUGCAGUAUAUGGAUAAAAAUAAACUUCCAGGAAAAGGGACUGGUGGUGUUUACAGUGAUCUAUACGAGCAAUAUGCAAGAAAAGAAAGACACAUGAAAUCUUCAGAAAAAUACAGCAAAAGACCUGACUGGAACAUCAACAAGCCUGGGAAAAGAUAUAUUCCAGCCUCAGAAAGGUACCCCAAAGCUCUGCAGAAACAGAGGGAGGAGAACAAGGUGCGCCGGCAAAUGGAGCUGCUGCAGCUGCUGGAAAGGAACAGCCCCGGGCAGCUGAGUGCGAGAAGGGCAGGGCACUCAGCCAGGUCGGCCUCACCCCGGGAAGAAACAGCUGGGAAGAGUAAGGGCCACAGAGGCAGAAAGGAAGAAAAAUUUCAUAAGAAUCACUUGAAUGAAGAAAGAUCUGAAUCACCACCUGUUCCAGCAGUUAGGAACCGAUUACUCCACGUACACCAAAGGCAGAUGCAGGCUCCUCAUUUCGCGGUGUAUGAGCAGCUGGGUGGAAGAGAGCAGGACGCCCGGGCCGCCUCGCAGCAGAGCAGCUCCCCCGCCGCCGUCCCGUCGAGCCCGCCCUGGGCGCGGUUCGUGCCCUACGUGCGCACCCGGGAGGUUUUCUGCCUCCCCCCGGAGGCACCGCCGAGCCGGCCCUCGACUCACCACACCCACGAUUCUUACCAAAUGCCACGACAGAUUUUUAGCUCAGAUCAUGUUAGAGAUCCGCUUCUAAAUCCUGAUGCAGUUACAAUCAGAGAGAGACAACAAGAAAUUCUCAAAGGAUUGUCAAAAUUACGACAGGGCCUCCUGCAGAAGCAGAAGGAGUUGGAGAACACUCUGAUUCCCAUUGUAGCUCAAGAGAACUUCAUGCCACCGUUUUGAGAGGUGCAUAUGAAUGUUCUGAAUCGUUAAUAUGGAAAUGCACAGCACUUUGCUACUGUAAUUAAGUACAAACCACCUCCAGCUUUUUUAUGAAAAUUAAAUUAUGAGAAUUUUGAUAGAUUGCAGGGUUAUGUUACAUUUUAUAUUGAAGAUAAUUUAGACUUAUGAUGGUUUGUCUAUUUAGAAUGGUUUUCAUGCUACUUGAAUACAAGUGUCAAUUUAAUAUAAACCACCAAAAACAUGGAAGUAAACUGUUACAUGGGUUUUUGUAGAACUCCGUGUGUGAAUUUUGAUAAAUAAAAAUAUUAAGAUGUAUUCUGAAUGGCUUUAGUUAUCUUUGUUGGUAUUUUUAACUAUACAAAACUGCCUGUAUUUCAAUAUUCAGCCACCUUUCAGCCUUACAGUGUGAAUAUCAACUCAAGUACUCCCAGAUGCUAAGACCACAGUUCAUCACACCA